ACAUUGACUGAAUCGCGUAAAUUCAUUCUUUACGUAAACACUGGUUGAAGAUGGGAUAUCGUGUCGGUGUGAGCAUUUUACUGAGCGCUGUGUGUAUGUGUUGUAUGAUCGCACCGUCCUUUGGUUGCGGUGAAACAUACAAAGUGAUAAACCUCGACUGCGACCCAAACAAGGCCGGGCAGAUGAAGUUUACUGCCGGAAAAAUAUUCGUAUGCGAUGGUAAAGAGUGGAAGGCCUUGCAAUACGAAGAAUCCUCCUUGGGCUCCAGGAAAAACCCAAGUUCUUCGUGCAAAAAAAUUAAGACUGACUCGAGAAACGCAGCCAACGGAAUUUAUUGGAUUACUAUGGGUGACUUCAAAAACACAUUCCCAGUUUACUGUGACAUGGCUGCCGGAGGUUGGACUAUGGUUUUCAAAGCUGUAAGUGGAGUCAAUAAGGGGGCGUACCCUACCUACAUCUCGCGUCAAACAUCUUCUGAGAAAAACAUGGCUGCACUUGACGUCACGAACAAGCACAAGGAUCACUACAAGAACAGAAUAGUUUUGAAAUGGGGUGACUUUGGGGCGUCUGAGGCGAGAGUUGCCCUCUAUACAGGUGGAAAGCUAGUCAAGGAAGUGAAGUUCAAUGCACAGGGAACAAACAACUUGAACUGGUUCUCGGCCAGCAAACUCACUGACAGCUCUUGGAAAGACAUGAAAUCUCAGCCAAAGAACAUCGUUUCUAUUCCCGGGAGGCACAAUCGCAACUUCUUCAUCAACAGGAACUAUGGCGGCUGUUCCAGAGAUGCCGGAUGGAUGGGAAUCACUUCCUAUGACUGCAAAUGGGAGACACGUUUCCUUCCUCGCAAAAACGUCAUUCUGUACAGCAAAUUUUCAGGAUACACGAACUGGAACCAAUACAAAGCUGUAGAUUAGUGCAGAGCUGCUUUGGUGGGGGAUUUGCUUUCGCUUUUGCUCAGACUGAGAAUUCCUUUCUUUUGUGGAGUUGUUCGGCAUGACCUGUCGCUGAAAUCAGAGUUCGAAGAGGGGACUACUAACUCUGCUGAGAUUAAAUAAAGCAUUAAAAAAGUU